CAGAUGACUGAGAUCAACUGCUUCUGCCACGACAACACCACAUCCAUAACUUGCUUCCGAGUGCGCCGCCAGAGGACUUGUGCGCAUUGUAGGGUUAAUGUGCCGUAAAGAAAGAAAUACCCGCAUAGCUCAUUCAGCAUCAACUCCGGAGAAGGAGCAGAGUGUAUCUCUUCUGAUGAGUUCUUGUGGGGUUCGAUCAUCGGCGGCGCCUUCUCUCCGCAUGACCUGGUGCUCCCACUCCGAAGCCGAGCAGGCGUUUUGAGUUCGGUGGUGCUGGUGAUGUAACGGUUUUCAUCUCAGUGCUCACUCCACAACUGUUAUCACUGCAGCCUCCUCUAUCAGAGCAUGGGACCCUUCAAACUCUAAAGUAGAGGCACCAGAGUGAAACCAGAGAGAGAAACGAGGGAAAACACAGAGAGGAAAGGAACGAUGGAGUCCAUAUUAUCGGAGCAGUCGGCCACAGUGGAUGAGCUUGUGGAAGCGUGUAUCCAAGCCUUCGAUGAGAAGGGCGCUUUGAAGGACACUCCCUUGGUUCGCAUGUUUCUCAUGAUGCAACCUUGGUACAUCCCUUCGACUGACAUGGCUAAGAAGCUAGUCCUCAAAUCUCAAGAGGAUAGCUGCACUGCUGAGCGCCGAACAAGAAUAUGCCACCUUGUCAAGUACUGGAUCUCUGAGUUUCCAGCAGAGUUCAAUCUGAACCCGGAGCUGGCGGACCAGAUCAAAGACUUUAAAGACCUCUUGACCACCGAGGGCAACGAGAGGCAGAGUCAGCUCAUUGACCUCGACAGUGUGCCAUCAUAUAAGUGGAAGCGACAGGUGACUCAGCGUGUCCCAUCAGUGUCCAAAAAGAGGAAAAUGUCCCUGCUGUUUGACCACCUCGAUUCCUGUGAACUGGCUGAACACCUGACCUACCUGGAGUACAAAUCCUUCUGCAAGAUCCUGUUUCAGGACUAUCACAGCUUUGUGAUGCACGGCUGCACAGUGGAUAACCCCAUCCUGGAGCGUUUCAUCACCCUUUUUAACAGCGUCUCCCAGUGGAUCCAGCUCAUGGUGCUAAGCAAGCCCACCGCCCCGCAGAGAGCUGCCGUCAUCUCCCACUUCAUCAGAGUGGCACAGAAGCUGCUGCAGUUGCAGAACUUCAACACACUGAUGGCGGUGGUAGGCGGCCUCAGCAACAGCUCUAUCUCUCGCCUCAAAGACACGCAGACCCACAUCAGUGCAGAGACCAACAAGGUUUUUAACAACCUCAUUGAACUGGUUACAUCAUGUGGGAACUACAGUCAAUACCGCAAGCGCUUCUCCGAAUGCUCAGGCUUUCGAUUCCCUAUCCUCGGCGUGCACCUGAAAGACCUGAUAGCCGUGCAUGUGGCGCUGCCAGACUGGGCAGACAAAGAGAAAACACGGGUCAAUCUGACUAAGACCCAACAGCUGUACGCCAUCCUUCAAGAGCUGGCACUGAUCCAGACCACAUCGCCUAACAUCGAUGCCAACACAGAUCUGCUCAACCUGCUUACGGUGUCUCUGGACCAGUACCACACAGAGGAGGAGAUCUACCAGAUGUCUCUACAGAGAGAACCUCGCAAGCCAGCGCAGAACUCCAGCCCCGCCCCCGCGACUGACCCCAAGCCCACCAUGAUCGAUGACUGGGCUGUGUCGGUGAAGCCCAGCGCCGACCCGACGGUCAUCAAGAAACACAUAGAGAAGAUGGUGGAGUCGGUCUUCAAGAACUUCGACACAGACGGUGAUGGCCACAUCUCCAGGGACGAAUUUGAAGCAAUCAGGAACAACUUCCCAUACCUCAGCAAGUUUGGAGAACUGGACAAGAACCAAGACGGGAAGAUCAGCAGAGAGGAAAUGAUUGACUACUUCAUGAAAGCCAGCUCUCUGCUUAACUGCAAGAUGGGUUUCAUCCACACUUUUACUGAGGCCACUUACGUCAAGCCCACGUUCUGCGAGCACUGCGCUGGCUUUAUAUGGGGCUUCUACAAGCAAGGCUACAAGUGUAAAGCCUGCGGGGUCAACUGCCACAAGGCCUGCCGAAGCCGCCUGGCCGUCGAGUGCCGGAAGAGGACCAAGAGCAUCAGCCACGAGACUCCGCCUGCCCUCCAGGCCAGAUCCUACAGCUUCCCUCCACCUGCCAACACCCCACCCAGCCUGCAGAACACAGUAAUUGCUGAAGAGGAUCUAGAGACAGUGGAAGAAGGAGUGUUUGAUGUUCAUCUAUAACCAGCUCUCUAUUUUAGAAUCCCUCCUACGGUUGGUGUGCAAGAAGCCAAAUCAGCGAGCAGUCGGGAGCCAGACACAGAAUGUGCUACAGUAUGUCAGUUUUUACAGCCCUCAACACUGAGGAGAAAUUGCACUGAAAACACAAGCCAGGAUACCUACAUGCUGCCACACAGUGGACACAUACUGCAACAGCAACUCCACUCCAGCUAACUCACAUGAAUGUGAUGACCAAUGUGAAUGGAUUGUAUUUGUAUGAUUUCUAUGUCGAAAAAUUCUGCAUUUUGAUUCAGUGUCGGCCAAGAGUGUUACUGUAAAAUUUACUAUAUAUAUUUAGAAAAAUCCACAAAAUUGUAUUUUCUUGGUGGAAUGUUAAAGUCAGUGAAGUAUAAUUUGAGCGCACUGUGCUGCAAAUUGGAAUGGCUGUUUUUCUUUAAAAACAUAAAAGAGGUGCUGUUAUUGCCAAGAAUGUAAACCUGUCACCCAUACUAAGCUAUUGUCUUCUUUUGAGAAGCUCUGCUUUUUAUUGUUAAUCAUCUUGUUUUGAAAUACAUUUCAAUGGACCAAUAAUAGGACCUAUUUUGAUGUCAGAUAAAAUAUUGUCGAUUUGUGGUGCUCAUCUGAAGCCUGAUGACAAAAGCAACCAUUUUGCCAACAAAAGGAACAGCUGAAAUGACUGUGUGGACAGUUAUAAUUAGGACGGACUUUUAACAAUGUUAUAUUUUUGUCAUGUUUACCUGAAUAUCAGUAACUGUCCGAUAGUUAUUGCUGUUGUGUUGUUUUCAGUAUACAGUACUGUCUUGUACCAGUGCUCUGAUAGAUGAUCUAUCCUUUUGCAGUACUGUGAAUGUAGCAGAAACAGUGAUUUGCUGCUGUCAGAUGAAGAGCUCAUCUUUCCCGAUAAAUAUGUUGACACCAGAGAGCAGGAAAAUGGUUAACUUCCUGCUGAUUCCUCUAUCCGCUUUUAAAUGAGCUUUGGAGUUCUGAGACUGUCAAUAAAAAUAAAAUAAUCAAAUAUAUACAAAAAAAACACAAACUGGAGUAAUGAGGCUUUUCAUUUGACAGCAGCAUAAAUAUUAUAUUAUUUCCCUGAGAAUCUGUUUUGAUGCAAGUUGUAUUGUGCUGUUUUUACCCUGCAUGCUUUUCCCUUCAUGGCUCUAUUCUCCGGCCAGACGUUUAGUUUUUUAAGGUUGCACGCCGAGUUAAGAUUCAUUUAGGAAACAUGAAGUUUUGAAAUUCCAGACAGAGGAAAUGUUUCUGUUGCCUUGUGCCCGUGGAGAGAUGAAUUCAGACUUCGAGUGCCAUAUUGUUAACUGCUGGUUCAUCAUUGAAUGAGACUCACAUUGCUGGUAUUUAUUUGUCUGUAUAAAUAGCUAAAUAGCUGCCGGUCCUUCUGUGUCACUCCCCGCCUGACGAAGGAUGUUUGUUGUCAUUCUAUGAAUGAAUCUUUCAGACUGAUGUCAUGCUAAUCCUUGUGGUCCCGGACGAUUCCUCAGUAUUAAAUGCAGCAGGCAUCACUCUAAUAUGUGUUCUGGUUUUGCAUUUCUGUGACUAAUAAGAAUGAUACUGGAAAAAAGAAAA